CCUGCGCACCGGAGCCCGGAGGAGUCUUACCCUAAUGUAAGAUGGUGGCCCGUCUAGCUGUGGAACCCACCGAAAGCUGAGAGUCUCUCUCUCAGCCGUAAAGGUCGGACUCGCUGAAGCAGUCAGGCCCGGUUCUGAAGAGUUUUUUCGCCGACUCUCGUUCACUGGUCUCCUGUGAGGACGCAGCAGCGCGUGGAGUCGGCUAAGGGAAAAGCGAGGCAAGGCAGGCGGGUCUAAAGAGUUCUACAUUUUAGCUCUCAGUGCUGAAUUUCCUUCUCCCUUAAAUUAUUAUAAACUUUUGCUGCUGUCUAAGAAGCGUGAAGAUGUCUCGCAGUCCUGAUGCAAAGGAAGACCCUGUGGAAUGCCCUCUUUGCAUGGAGCCCCUGGAGAUAGACGAUAUUAACUUUUUCCCUUGCACCUGUGGCUACCAGAUAUGCCGAUUUUGUUGGCAUCGAAUUCGCACUGAUGAGAAUGGACUUUGUCCUGCGUGUAGAAAGCCAUAUCCAGAAGACCCAGCAGUUUAUAAACCACUUUCCCAGGAAGAAUUGCAAAGGAUAAAGAAUGAGAAAAAGCAGAAACAAAAUGAAAGAAAACAGAAAAUUUCAGAAAACCGAAAACAUUUGGCUAGUGUACGUGUGGUACAAAAAAACCUCGUCUUUGUUGUAGGUCUGUCACAGCGCCUAGCAGACCCAGAAGUUUUAAAACGACCAGAGUAUUUUGGGAAGUUUGGUAAAAUACAUAAAGUUGUCAUCAAUAAUAGCACAUCAUAUGCAGGCUCACAGGGUCCAAGUGCCAGUGCUUAUGUAACCUAUAUCCGGUCAGAAGAUGCUCUCAGAGCAAUACAGUGCGUCAACAAUGUGGUGGUAGAUGGCAGGACACUAAAGGCGUCUUUAGGUACAACAAAAUACUGCAGUUACUUCUUAAAGAAUAUGCAGUGCCCAAAGCCUGACUGCAUGUAUCUGCAUGAAUUGGGAGAUGAGGCAGCCAGCUUCACAAAAGAGGAAAUGCAGGCGGGUAAACACCAAGAGUAUGAACAGAAGCUACUUCAAGAAUUAUAUAAAUUAAAUCCCAAUUUUCUUCAGCUAUCUACUGGUUCAGUUGAUAAGAAUAAGAACAAAGUGACACCUUUGCAGAGGUAUGAUACCCCCAUUGACAAACCUUCAGAUUCUCUCAGUAUAGGGAAUGGUGAUAAUUCCCAACAGAUAUCUAACAGUGAUACGCCUUCACCACCACCUGGUUUAUCAAAAUCCAAUCCCGUCAUCCCCAUCAGCUCAUCCAAUCACAGUGCAAGGUCUCCUUUUGAAGGGGCAGGAACAGAGUCACAGUCAUUAUUUUCAGACAAUUUUCGCCAUCCCAACCCUAUACCAAGUGGGCUUCCUCCUUUUCCCAGCUCUCCACAGACACCCAGUGAUUGGCCUACAGCUCCAGAACCACAGAGCCUCUUCACAUCAGAAACAAUCCCAGUAUCAUCAUCUACAGACUGGCAAGCAGCGUUUGGCUUUGGUUCUUCUAAACAGCCAGAGGAUGACUUGGGUUUUGAUCCCUUUGAUGUCACUCGAAAAGCCUUAGCAGACCUGAUUGAGAAGGAACUGUCCGUCCAAGAUCAACCUUCCCUGUCUCCCACAUCUCUUCAGAACUCCUCCUCACACACUACAACCGCCAAAGGUCCAGGCUCUGGAUUUCUGCAUUCUGCUGCACCUACAAAUGCCAACUCUCUUAAUAGUACCUUUUCAGUCUUGCCACAGAGGUUCCCUCAAUUUCAGCAGCACCGAGCAGUUUAUAAUUCAUUCGGUUUUCCAGGCCAGGCAGCCCGCUAUCCUUGGAUGGCCUUUCCACGCAAUAGCAUCAUGCACUUGAACCACACAGCAAACCCCACCUCAAAUAGUAAUUUCUUGGACUUGAAUCUCCCGCCACAGCACAACACAGGUCUGGGAGGGAUCCCCAUAGCAGACAACAACAGUUCUGUAGAGAGUUUAAAUAUGAAGGAAUGGCAGGACGGGCUAAGGGCACUUCUACCCAACAUUAACAUCAACUUUGGUGGACUGCCCAAUUCUUCUUCCCCCUCCAACGCCAACCACAGUGCACCACCGUCCAACACUGCCACCACCGACAGCGUGAGUUGGGACAGCCCUGGCAGCUGGACAGACCCAGCCAUCAUCACAGGUAUUCCAGCAUCUUCAGGAAACAGUUUAGACUCUAUUCAAGAUGACAAUCCUCCACACUGGCUAAAAUCCCUUCAGGCCCUCACAGAGAUGGACGGCCCCAGCGCUGCCCCGUCACAGACCCACCACAGCGCCCCCUUCAGCACACAGAUCCCUCUGCACAGAGCCAGUUGGAACCCCUACCCACCUUCUUCAAACCCUUCCAGCUUCCACUCCCCACCCCCAGGCUUUCAGACAGCCUUCAGACCCCCCAGCAAAACCCCCACAGAUCUGCUACAGAGUUCAACACUGGACCGCCACUAAGAAAGAGGAGUUCAGAAGGGCAGGAUCUGUCCCACCCUGUGUUCUCCCUCUCAGCCCACUCACAGUUCCCUUCUCAUCUCUUACGUUCUGAAGAAUCCAGUUCCUGGUCAUUUUUUUUUCUCCAUACCCCCAGAUGCAAUGUGGUCACAGCGUCUCUACCAUCUUUUCUUUAAUAAGUUUCGGUUGAUCCAGCAUUUGAGUGAGUGACACUAUUGAAUGUUCCUUGGGGGAAAAUGCCUUUUUAAGCAGAGAAAAAAGAAAAUCAAAAGGCAGUCUCAAUACUUAGAAAAUUACUGUUUGUCUGUCGCUCAUAAUAAUGACAUAGUCUGCUUAGCAGAAAAUGACGAUUAAUCUUUCGGAAAGGUCAAGGAAACACAUUAUCAACUGCAGACGAAGACCAGGCUGAUUUGAAGGAGAUUGCUAAGUGCAUGGGGGAAAGCAGUGGGCCUGGCAUCCAUCUUGUAUUCAGCUUUUCACUAUUGCAGGAAAAAUGCUUUUCAUUUUAAAUUCUUUAUUGAAUUGACAGGGAGGACUCAAUUGUGUUGUUAAGCAAAGGGAUUUAUUGGAAGUUGAUGGCAAGAUAAAUUGUCUGUAGGGAGGGAGAAGUAAUUUUUCAAGGAGAAAAAAAUUUUGGCUUUAGAUUUAAAUUCAGAUGUUUUAAAGGAAAAAAGUAUUCACAGAGUUAAUACCUAUCCAUAAUAUAAGAGCUGAAUUCUAAGUGAUUUCCUCAGUCUUUCUCCUCUGUCGGGAUCUUUUUGUCUUUGACCUAAGUCCACCUGGCAGGGCACUCUGAGCCAGCACUGCUCUGGGGCCAUCUGAUCACCAACAGGAGCAAAUCUCUGACCUCCUUGCCUGCAGCUUUUACUUAACCCUGUAGUUUCUGGACUUUUGUGCAGUAUUGAAAAGACAGGAGAAAAGAAAACAAACCUGGUUAUAACCUGAUGCUAAAACUAAAAACAAGGAAAUGUACCUCUUUCUUCAGAAUUAAAACUAAAAUCUUAAAUAAAACAGAAAACUUGAUGGUGACCAUUGGGUGAUUGUUGGUUUUGUUUUUCCAGUUUGUUACAUGUGAACUUGAAAUAUUAUGUGAUACAAUGCCAUUUGAGUUUCCACUAGAUUUGUACAUCUUCAGCUAUAGAGGAUGGUUUUGAAGGACGUAGAAAACAAAGUCAAAGUUGUUUUUGUCAGUCACCACUAGUUUUAAAGAUCAGCCUUAUUGCUCACAACAGUUCCUUUCCAGUGGCUUUCAGUAGCUGAGACCUCUACUGGGCUGUUAGAGAUGCAGAGCAGACCUUCCCAGCUGAGAAGCCACUUGCCAGGAGUGGAUGGGAUCCUGACCCGCUGAGAUGGUUCUCCAGGAAGACCUAGCAGGAGCGCAGCACCCUAAGAGCAUCCCCUUACCAGUUAGAGGAAGGAUGCAGAAGCCCCAGGGUGGGCAGUCAGACAUACCUGUUAUGGCCAUGGUAGGGGAGUGCUUGGCAAUGGAGAGGGGAAGGUGGGAGGAGUGCUUCCUCCCAGAACCCUAGGAAUCUAUAUAGUUUGUAUGUCUUGUCUUAUUUAGACUGCACCCAGUUGGCAAUCUUGUAUGCGAUGUUCAAAGGGAAUCUUCUAGAGGACAGAGUAGAUUUAAGUUGUAUAUGAGGUGCUUUGGAGUUGAUUUUUUUUUCCUCU